GAAUCGGCCCUGCUGGCGGCGGCAGCGGCGAGACGGACGGGUCGGCCGACAGCACAGGAUGGCAGCGUCUAUGAGCUGCCUAUGGUUCGUUGUUUUAGCGCUACUAGCGCUGUGCUCGUGCACGGCGAACAUCGGCCACCGCAAGUUUGAGUACAAGUACAGCUUCAAGGGACCCUACCUAGCGCAGAAGGAUGGCAGCGUGCCUUUUUGGGACUACAGCGGCAGUUGCAUAGCCAGCGAAGAAAUGGUUCGAAUUACGCCGUCCCUGAAAAGCAAGAAAGGAGCCAUCUGGAACAAGAACCCAGUGAACUUUCCCUGGUGGGAGGUGGAGAUGGUCUUCAGGGUCACUGGACAGGGUCGCUUGGGGGCUGAUGGGCUUGCUUUCUGGUACACGAGUCAGAGGCAGCCUGAGGGUCCGGUGUUCGGCAGCAGUGACAAAUGGAUUGGUCUGGCUCUGUUCUUCGACUCCUUUGACAAUGACGGGAAGCAUAACAACCCUUACAUCAUGGCCAUGGUCAACGAUGGCACCAAGACCUAUGAACAUGAAAGUGACGGUGUGAACCAGCAGCUAGGUGGCUGCCAGCGAGACUUCCGCAACAAGCCCUUCCCUGUGCGCGCCAAGAUUGAAUACUACCAGAAUGUUCUAACGGUGCUAUUUCACAAUGGCAACACCAAUAACGAUGGCGACUACGAGAUGUGCUUCCGGGCCGAGAAUGUGUUCCUGCCUCAGAAUGGUUACUUCGGUGUGUCUGCAGCCACGGGUGGGCUGGCAGAUGACCACGAUGCCUUGAAGUUCCUGACGACGAGUCUGCUCCCAGAGGGCCAGCAGCCCGUGGCUACACAAACCAUCGCUGACUCAGAGAAGGAGAAGUUCUCGAAGGAGUACGAGCAGUACAAGGACAAGCUGGAGCGCCAAAAGGAGGAGUACCGCAAGCAGCAUCCUGAGGAGGCCGCUAAGCACGAUAUGGAGCAUGGCGCAGGUGCCGAACAGCCCUACGACUCGCCUCAACAGCGCGAACUGCGCCAGAUCUUCGAGGGCCAGGCGCAUAUGUUCGAGGGUCUCAAGGCCAUGCACCGCAAACUGGACGAAAUGCUUGGCCGCCAAGAGCGCACCCUAUCAUUGGUCUCAGGCAUCCAGCAGAGUGGUGCAGCCGGUGCAGUUCAGCCGCAGCAGCCUGGUGGCCCACCUGUGCAAGUGCAAAAUGUGAUGCAGAGGCACGAGGUGGAUUCCCUUCUCAACAGUCAGCGGGAGCUCCUUCUUUCUGUGCAGCAGAUCAAGACCCUGGCUGCAGAAGUGCAGCAGAAGACAGGUACACUGCUCAGCGUGCAACAGCAGGGUGGAGCAGGAGGUGGUGCAGCACAGGCGUCUCUGUCAACAGAGCAUGUGCAGCUCUUGCACCAGGUGCAGGAGAAGCUGGCUGCCUUCAAGGCUGACUCGUUUGCACAACAGAAGCUGCCUUUGACUGGUUGUGCCACGACCUGCCUGAGCCCCACCUACUUCCUGAUUUUCUCGACACUGCAACUGGUCGUCACCUUGGGAUACCUUAUGUACAAGAGCAGCAAGGAGGCUGCGGCCAAGAAGUUCUACUGAGGCAGGCCGUCUUGACAGCAUGGCUCUGUGCAUGUGCGGCAAUCAAGUCGUGGAGACUCAGUGGGUGUGGCAUGUGUGCCAACGUGCGCUCAGCGCGACUAAGCCGAUUCUCUGGCAUGACUCUCUCACCACCCAUGCAUCUCAUCAAAAUGUCUCACAGUGACGGCGGCAGCGGCAUCACGGCGGUCUCUUCUUUCUCAUCGGACAUUCCAGCAGCCUCACCUCACUAUCUCCAACAUCCCAGAGGGUUGUCAUGCUUUGCUCACAGUGGUCUUGAAGUCAUUGGGCAGGGUCUUUAGAGCAUUAAAACUAGUAAUUGCGGGACAUUUUUUAUGUUGGAGGCAGCACUGAAGCUGUUCCAUUUAUACAUUUUAUGUUUUUCCUGUAGAAGCUUUUUACCCAUUCUUGUUGUGGUGAUAUGUAUUUACCCAUCAGCCCUAAGAAGUGUGCCGUGUGAGUGUAAAGCCUGCUCAGCUAUAUGCUCUUACUUGCCGUCUUUUAUUUUGCAAUUAAAUGUUCUCUUGUAAGCCCUAAUAUAUCCCACGGAUGAUCACGAGCUGCUCUGUUCAGGCUAUGCUUUAGUCGAUGCCUGUCAUAACUGAACUGCCAGAACUCAGUCUGAAGCAUGUGUUAAAUGGACGUGCAGGCACUAAGGGCACUGGCAGCAUUGGGCUACUUCUAGAAGAAAAAAUGUUCAAUUUUUUUUUCCACACACUUGCUUGAAUUGUUCUGCUGGCUCGUUCAUACUGAACGCUGCUGUGUGUGAUCGCAUUUUCAAUUAUAAAUAUCAUUGAGCUCAUCUAAGUGUGCAUAUCGUACAUGGUUCCUUACUUGCACAUGUGCUGCGCUAGUUUGAUUGUCUGGUAUGAAGAGAUGAUGCGAGACAGUUUUUAAGUGUGCAAGGCAAGUUUCAGAAUUAGAUGCUUAAGUCUUGGCUCCGCAUUAUAUGUCUGGACAUUCCCAACACGCUCUGUGGAUGGAUCAUGAUGCUCUAAAAACCAGGUUCGGUGACUCGCAUUUGUCUUUGUCUUGGGCCGUAUACGUACUGUUUAUUGUGGGAGGGUAUGAGUGCAAUUUUUUGACAGGCAUUAUGUGACACAAAUGAUGACUGUGUACAUACAGAGGUUGUCCCGUGGCUGCAUUUUUUUCUAUUUGUUUAUAGAAGGUGUAAAAUAAUUUGUUUGUUUAGGUGCCGAGCAGAAUUAAAUUUUGUUUCAUCUGGAA